GCAAACAGGAGUGGGCGGGUUCCAUUGACGUAGUAGCGCAUUGUUAAUAAUAAUGGCGGUGCUGUAGAAAAAAGUGGGACAUAAACGUUCCACACAGAUGCAGAGUUGAGAUCGGAGAGACCCGACCAUGGAGUCUGUUCAUCCCAACCCAGCGCCGAUCCGGUGGGUGGUAUCGGAGAACCGGGAGGUCCGGAUCAAAGAGGAGCCUGUGCCGUGCUGUGACCCUCCCAGAGAGUCGGUCCCGGUGCCACAGUAUGGACUGGUCUACAUGCAGCAGCAGUACAGCAGGGUCCAGACUGAACAGAACCACACUACACAGGACCAAACCUACGUUCAGCAAGGACCGUCUGCCAGCGUCCCUUCAACAUACGCCGAAGGGAUCGAAGACCACAGGGGGUCCCAAAAUCCCGUCAUCAAAGAGGAGGCUUCCUGCACCCCCAGGCCGGACCCACCCCACCCCGGGAUCCUCCGAGUGAGCCGGUUCGACCUGGAGAGGGGCUCCACCCGGUUCAGAUUCCUCCGGGCCGUGGUGCGGGAUACAGAGCAGCGGCCCGUCCACAUCAAAGUGGAGGUUUACGAGCCGGGCGGAGACGUCAAGGAAGAGGAAGAGGAGCGGCAGUGCGGCUCCGUCAACCAGGAGGAAGAGGCCUGCGAUCUGGAACCCGGGCAGAUCAAGGUGGAAGACCCGGAGCCGGAUUCUGUUCCCGAGACCCGGCGGUCGGUCCGGAUUGGAGAGGAGGCGCCUGAACAAGCUGCGGUCUCCAGCGUGGACAGCGGACAAGCUGCCCUCUCCAGUAUGGACAGCGGACAACCUGCCCUCUCCAGUAUGGAAAGUGGACAACCUGCUGCUCUCCUUGGUAUUGGCCAUGAACAGUCUGUUCACAAUAUUACUAUUAAAGGGCAAACGUUGGUCUGUGAUUUCGACGACGGACUGACUUCUACCCACAGUGUUGGCGUUGGCUGCACUACUCUCCUCAGUUCGGACAACGGACUCACAGCUAUGCAAAAUACGGGCACUGGACAAACGGCUGUUCUUGGUAUUGACGGUGGACAGUCUGUUCACAAUAUUGACAGAGGGCCAACGUUGGCUCAUAAUUUUGACAACGGACACACUUCUGUACGCUGCGUGGUCACUGCCACCCCCGGACACCGUUCUUCCCACAGUAAUCAGGCUGUCUCUCCACUGGAAAUGCCCUACAGUCGGGGGGAGGAAACUGUCCCUACUGGCAAGCUGGACGUUGUCCGUGGUGAUGCUGUCUUCACUGGAUCGGAAUCCGUCCUCAAUCAAUACUGUGCCCCUGGACUACAUGCUGUCAGUCUUCAAAAAGACGGCCCUAAUUGUGUCUCACAACUGGCGUCUGCUCGCGUCAAGAAAGACGCCCCGCAAGAGGAAUCUGUCCGCAUAGAAAUGAAGGUCCCUCAAGCUGCAUUUGUCCAAAAGGAAGUCCACACUAAUGAGGAACAUCAACUAGACUCUACCAACACCAACAAAGAUGUCCCGCUUGUGGAAUCUGUCUAUACGGACCAAGAGAAGGUCCCUGACCCAAAAUACAUGCCCCCCAACAAGCUAAACGACGUCAACUCGGACAACAGUCUUCCACCAGUGGAAUCUGUCCACCAUACCGUGUCCACCCCUGAACCAGUUCCUGACGGCAGUGAUGACGUCUCUGCUAUGGACACUGAUCCUGCAGAGAAGGAGGAGGAGGGGGGUGAAAAAGAAGGCUCCCAGAUUUCCGAUGACCCCUCUGAACCUCGGACAGCCCGCUCGGAUGUGAUGACCCCCGACCCCCAUGGGGCAGACGAGACUGAAAUGGAAUCUGGCCUAGAAAACGAUGACCCUGGACCGGACCUGGUCGUUGUCGACAAGAAGGUCCACGAAACCGGAUCCCUCCACCCUAACGAGAAGACCUCCGAAGACAUAAAGUUCCCAGAUCCGAAGACUUUCGGCACCAACGCCCCUGAAAACCAGGAUGGUAAAAUCCUAGAAAAGAGAGAAAAGGCAGCCGGCCGAGAAGAUGACCCUCAACCGCAGUCUCUCCUUCGUAACUCUGAGACCCCCGAAGUGAAAUCCGCACACUCAGACGAGAACACCUCUAAAGAAGGUCAGGAAGGAAUCGAAUCUACCCCUCGCCCCAUCUCCGAAGCAAAACCUGCCCUCAAAAAGGGCAACCGACCCCAACUGCAGUCUGUUCAUCAUCAUAGUAAUAAUAACAAGACUCUCCCUGCUGCAAAGACUGACCGGGAGGGAGAUGAAGAUACUCCUUUAGAGGAGGAAGGAACGGAGAUGGAAUCCAUUCCUGGAGACGAACACGGACUCGGUGAUCUUGAAGAGCCGGGGACAGUUCGCACGUCGCUGAGAAACUCCUCGGAGGGUUUUGCAGAGGCUAAAACGGAAGAGAUGGCAGCCGAGCCUGCCGACGCUGAUGUGAAAAGCUUGAUCGCAGAAUCCCAUGCCUGCCCCCACUGCCCGACAGCUUUCCCCGCGAGUCAGGAUUUGGACAAGCACAUGAAAAAGCUGCACAGAGAAGAACGCGCCGAGAAACGCAGGACGAGGCCCGUGAGCUCGAGAAGGACUUCCUCACGAUCCAGACAGACGUCCCAGUCCCGGGCGCAAAAUCCGGAACCUGCCGACGCCGGCACGGACAAGAACCUCGGCAAACAUAGCUGCGCGGACUGCGGGGAACGUUUCCCCACCCCGAAAACCUUAAAAAAACACAGGGACACCCACCAGGAAGCUCAGUGUCAUCCGUGCAAGGAGUGCUCUAAGACUUUCAGAGACCCGGAGCUCCUUAAAAGGCACCGGCUGGUCCACGGAGAAACGGAGGCUGCUUACAAAGGCGUCCGGUCGGAGGGAUCGCGGGGGGAAGACCCGUUCGGUUUGGAAGCAAGCCGCUGGCGGAGGAAACACCGGUGUGCCAAAUGUGGGAAGCGUUUCCUCUACGCCGCCAACCUCAAGAAGCACCGUCUGCAGCAGCACGAGGGGAAGCCGCUCCCCCACCAGUGCGGCGAGUGCGGCCGCGGUUUCAGAGAGCCGUCUCAUCUGAAGAUGCACCGGAAAAUCCACGGCGACGAGACUCCCGUCGCGUUCUGCUGCCCCGAUUGCGGCAAGGUUUUCAAAACCGCCAAACACCUGAAAAGGCAUCGGCUGGUUCACUCGGAAGACGCGCCUCCUUUCCAGUGCUCAGAGUGCGGGAAGAGGUUCCGGGAUCCGGAGCGUUUGCGGAGGCACCAGCGCGUGCACACGGGAGAGACGCCCUAUCCGUGCGACGGGUGCGGGAAGAGGUUCCGGUUUUCCGGAGAUCUCCGGAAGCACCAGAGGAUUCACACGGGGGCGAUGCCGUUCCAGUGUGCGGACUGCGGGAAGAGAUUCCGGGAAUCCAGCACCUUGAAAAAACACGAGCUGAUCCACAGCGGGGAGACUCCUUUCCAGUGCCCUGAUUGUGGGAAGAUGUUCAAUCAGGUCGGUAAUCUGAAACGGCACCAACAAAUCCAUGCCGGCUCUGCUCCUUACCAGUGCCCGGAGUGCCAGCGGUGCUUCAACCACGCGGAGAACUUAAAGAGGCACCGUCUGGUCCACGUGGGCGAGACCCUCCACCCCUGCCCCGAAUGCAACACCUCCUUCCGCAGCGCGGCGCACCUCAGCAAACACCGGGGGGAGCAGCACUCCGGAGGGCAGGGGCAGCGUCUCCGCGUCUGCGAGGACUGCGGUAAAAGCUUCAAGCGCGCGGGGGAUUACCACAAACACUGCCGGAUUCACACGGGCGAGAAGCCUUACCCGUGUACGGAGUGCCAGAAGAGGUUCAACCACCUGGGGAACCUCAAGAAACACCUGCUGGUGCAUUCGGGGGAAACGCCCUUCGAGUGUCCGGACUGCGGGAAGAAGUUUAGCCAGAAGGGGAACAUGAAGAAACACAGGCGGACGCACGACGACGACCAAGACAAUGCCGGGAAGAGGAAGACGAAGAGGAAGAAGAAGAAAUAAUAAUCCUGCAACCGAGUUGUCAGAAAUCUCAUCAUGAAAACCAGGAUGGGAUCAUACUGCUGUGCAACGGGAGUCUUAACUUCCGCCACUGCGAUUUUUGGAAAACCAGAACCCUCGCUAUCAUGAAAAAAGAACAAUGUCCGGAUGUAAACUUUCUGUUCUCACUUAUAUUCUUCUUCUCUUCUUCUAAUUAUGAAUGAGUCGUUUAGAAAAGCUACUUCCAGAGACUAGGGGGGUGAACUCUGCAUCAACAACAACUGCUGCUGCUGCUGCAGAGUCACUUCCAAUAGGAGUUUGUUUGUUUGACGUCUCAUCCUGAAGGACGGAGCACAAGGAGGUUCAGUGACUUGCUCAGGGUCACACACACACAGGGAGUCAGUGGCUGCUGCAGAGUCACUUCCAAUAGGACCUUGUUUGUUUGACGUCUCGUCUGAAGAUUUGGAUUUGGAUUUUACGAAUCGGUGAGGCCUCCUUUUAAAGAGAGGGAGGGGACCAGUGAUCAUGUUAAUAAAGCUAAUAAGAGGUGAGAGAAUGGAUUUUAAAGAUGGUCAGCGCUCCUUUAAAGGGAGGGGCCGGUGAUCAUGUUAAUAAAGCUAAUAAGAGGUGAGAGAAUGGAUUUUAAAGAUGGUCAGCGCUCCUUUAAAGGGAGGGGCCGGUGAUCAUGUUAAUAAAGCUAAUAAGAGGUGAGAGAAUGGAUUUUAAAGAUGGUCAGCGCUCCUUUAAAGGGAGGGGCCAGUGAUCAUGUUAAUAAAGCUAAUAAGAGGUGAGAGAAUGGAUUUUAAAGAUGGUCAGCGCUCCUUUAAAGGGAGGGGCCAGUGAUCAUGUUAAUAAAGCUAAUAAGAGGUGAGAGAAUGGAUUUUAAAGAUGGUCAGCGCUCCUUUUAAAGGGAGGGGCCAGUGAUCAUCUUAAUAAAGCUAAUAAGAGGUGAGAGAAUGGAUUUUAAAGAUGGUCAGCGCUCCUUUAAAGGGAGGGGCCGGUGAUCAUGUUAAUAAAGCUAAUAAGAGGUGAGAGAAUGGAUUUUAAAGAUGGUCAGCGCUCCUUUUAAAGGGAGGGGCCAGUGAUCAUCUUAAUAAAGCUAAUAAGAGGUGAGAGAAUGGAUUUUAAAGAUGGUCAGCGCUCCUUUAAAGGGAGGGGCCGGUGAUCAUGUUAAUAAAGCUAAUAAGAGGUGAGAGAAUGGAUUUUAAAGAUGGUCAGCGCUCCUUUUAAAGGGAGGGGCCGGUGAUCAUGUUAAUCAAUCUAAUGAGGUGAGAGAAUGGAUUUUAAAGAUGGUCAGCGCUCCUUUAAAGGGAGGUGCCGGUGAUCAUGUUAAUAAAGCUAAUAAGAGGUGAGAGAAUGGAUUUUAAAGAUGGUCAGCGCUCCUUUUAAAAGGGAGGAGGGGCCAGUGAUCAUGUUAAUAAAGCUAAUAAGAGGUGAGAGAAUGGAUUUUAAAGAUGGUCAGCGCUCCUUUUAAAAGGGAGGAGGGGCCAGUGAUCAUGUUAAUAAAGCUAAUAAGAGGUGAGAGAAUGGAUUUUAAAGAUGGUCAGCGCUCCUUUUAAAAGGGAGGAGGGGCCAGUGAUCAUGUUAAUAAAGCUAAUAAGAGGUGAGAGAAUGGAUUUUAAAGAGGGUCAGCGCUCCUUUAAAGGGAGGGGCCGGUGAUCAUGUUAAUAAAGCUAAUAAGAGGUGAGAGAAUGGAUUUUAAAGAUGGUCAGCGCUCCUUUUAAAAGGGAGGAGGGGCCAGUGAUCAUGUUAAUAAAGCUAAUAAGAGGUGAGAGAAUGGAUUUUAAAGAUGGUCAGCGCUCCUUUUAAAAGGGAGGAGGGAUCAGUGAUCAUGUUAAUAAAGCUAAUAAGAGGUGAGAGAAUGGAUUUUAAAGAGGGUCAGCGCUCCUUUAAAGGGAGGGGCCGGUGAUCAUGUUAAUAAAGCUAAUAAGAGGUGAGAGAAUGGAUUUUAAAGAUGGUCAGCGCUCCUUUUAAAAGGGAGGAGGGGCCAGUGAUCAUGUUAAUAAAGCUAAUAAGAGGUGAGAGAAUGGAUUUUAAAGAUGGUCAGCGCUCCUUUUAAAAGGGAGGAGGGAUCAGUGAUCAUGUUAAUAAAGCUAAUAAGAGGUGAGAGAAUGGAUUUUAAAUUCUUGGUUAGUUCCAUAAAAGCAGGCCAGUGAUAAUGUGCCCAAUGAUAAUACAAGACAAGACCAUAGAUCUUCAUUAACACAACAUUUUUUAAAAAUUUUUUGCUCACAUUAAAAACUAGACUGGCUACACUUUCCAUUCUCUUUUAGACUGAAAGUGCAGGGCUGGUAAUCGGACUCCUAUUGCACAGCAGCGUCACCCAGUCCAGGUUUUACUACCAUCUUGAUCAGCCCCCAGUGUGUCUAGCUAACAAGCGCAGGUGUGUCUUAUUAUUAAACUCCUAGUGAAACCAGGACUGGAUAACACUGCUGUGCAACAGGAGUCUUAUUUCCGUCUCUGAAGCUCAGGUAUGUCAGGUUAUAAGUUGAAGACGUGUAAUUAUAACCAUGUCAGUUCUUUCUCCAGUAUGUGGAUUGUAUUUUUGUUAUCUCUGUGUGCAAUGUGUCUGUAUAGGAUAUUACUGCUGCUGUUUUCACAAUAUACCUAUUGAAGACUAAAAAUAAAAUACUACUACUACUAAUUAUUAUUUGUUUAUUUAGCAGACGCCUUUAUCCAAGGCGACUUACAGAAACUAGGGUGUGUGAACUAUGCAUCAGCUGUAGAGUCACUUACAACUACGUCUCACCCGAAAGACGGAGCACAAGGAGGUGAAGUGACUUGCUCAGGGCCACACAAUGAGUCAGUGGCUGAGGUGGGAUUUGAACCGGGGACCUCCUGGCUACAAGCCCUUUUCUUU